AUGUUCAUCCUCACCACCAUCUCGGAUCUCAUCCGGAUCUCCCCCGAGGACUUUUCCAAGUUCAGUGCAGUGGCCAUUGAAGACAAUAUCAAUGAGAAAUACGCCAACAAGGUCAUUCAAAAGAUCGGACUUUGCAUCAGCUUCUAUGACCUGCUAGAGUCCUCUGAUGGCCUGAUUGGCCAUGGGUCUGGUGUGGUCAAUGUGAAUGUCAAAUUUCGAAUGAUCGUGUUCCGGCCGUUCAAGGGAGAAAUCAUGCUGGGCAAGAUUGCCAGCGCAACGGAGCACGGGAUUAAAAUUGGAGUGGAGUUCUUCAACGACAUCUUGAUUCCCCCCGACCUCCUUUUGGAAGGAGCCAAAUUUGACUACGCAGAUCAGGUAUGGACCUGGGAUAGUGAGGACGGAUCUACAUUUUACUUUGAUGUGGGUGAGAUUGUUCGCUUCCGAGUCGAGACCGAGGAAUGGCAUGACCAGAUUCCCAAUGCGCCAGAUCUCGGUGAUGGGCCUGCUUUGGAAAGAAAGCCUGCAUAUUCGAUCAUUGGCUCAAUGCAGAUGGCGGGACUGGGUCCUAUUGCCUGGUGGUGA